CCCAGGGCAACACAAUCAACCCAAUUAUUUCCAUUCAACAGCAGGAAGAAUGGAUCCCAAGUCAGUUCGAUACAUUUCCGAAUGCUUUGUGCAACCACAGUACGCCCCAGAAGAAUCCAAGCAGCCUUUCUAUCUAUCACCAUGGGAUCUGGCCAUGUUCUCUGUGCAUUACAUCCAAAAGGGACUCCUUUUUACCAAACCUCCACCGGCAGAUGAGCAAGAAAACUUCAUUGGAGGUCUCCUAGACAGGCUCAAGAGCUCCCUUUCCCUCACCCUCGUUCAUUUCUACCCUCUUUCUGGUCGCCUUUCAACGAGAAAAGAAGAAAACCCACCGACCUACUUGGUCUUUGUUGACUGCAACAACAGUCCUGGAGCUAAAUUCAUCCACGCAGCUUUGGACAUGACCGUUUCCGAUAUUCUUUCUCCUACUUAUGUCCCGGUGGUUGUCCAAUCAUUCUUUGACCAUGACAGAGCUCUGAAUCACGACGGCCAUACAAGACCUCUGUUAUCAAUUCAGGUAACGGAGUUGAUAGAUGGGGUCUUCAUUGGGUGUUCGCUGAACCACGCCAUAGGUGAUGGAACCUCCUUCUGGAAUUUCUUCAAAGCCUGGUCUGAAAUCUUUCAAGCUCACGGGAAUGAAGCGUGCAUCUCCCAACCACCAGUCCACAAGCGGUGGUUCCCGGACGGUUAUGGGCCGAUCAUCAAUCUUCCAUUCACCCAUCAGGAUGAGUUUGUCAUUCGAUACGAAGCACCCCAAUUGAUAGAGAGAAUCUUCCACUUCACAUCGGAAUCCAUUGCGAAGAUCAAGGCAAGGGCAAAUUCAGAGUACAAUACCAAAAAAAUUUCCUCUUUCCAGUCCUUAUCAGCCCUCGUCUGGCGGUCAAUCACAAGGGUUCGCCGCCUACCACCGGAAACAACGACUAGCUGCCGCCUCGCCAUAAAUAACAGAUCAAGGAUGGAACCGCCGCUGUCCCCUGAUUACUUCGGCAACGCAAUUCAGACGGUAAGGGGCAUCGCAACGGCAGGAGAACUUCAGGAACACGAUCUUGGAUGGGCGGCGUGGAAGUUGCACGAAGCGGUCCUUAACCACACAGACAAAAAGGUGCGAGGGUUCGUGGACGAGUGGCUGCAAUCGCCGUUCAUUUACCAACUGGGUCAGUUUUUCGAUCCGCUGAGUGUGAUGAUGGGGAGCUCGCCGAGGUUCAACAAGUACGGGAAUGAAUUUGGGUUGGGGAAAGCGGUGGCGCUUCGCAGUGGAUAUGCUAACAAGUUCGACGGGAAAGUAUCGUCGUACCCGGGACGUGAAGGUGGAGGAAGCAUAGACUUGGAGGUGUGCCUUCCAGAAGCAUCUAUGCACGCUCUUGAAUCUGAUGGGGAGUUCAUGGCGUCUGUCUCUUCCUCUAAUUAGCCACUGUUUCUAUGUUAUUUUUGCAAUUGCUGCUGAAAAUCAUCUGUCUUAAGUUUAAGUACGUGUUGAAUGCCGAC